AUGUUUCAACAGCCCUCGGCGACAAUGCCGACCCACAUAAAAGAGGGAUAUUAUGCGGUGGAGUUGAACAGAACUGUCUGGAUCAUCCCUGAUUACUAUCAGAAACUGACUCCAGUUGGUAAUGGUGCUCAUGGCGCUGUUUGGUAAGGUUCAAUUCUAUAAUUUGGGUGCACUAAUUUCUCGAAUUGCUUCGAAUUUUAUAAAAAAAAUUUGGUCUGAAAUUAAUUAUUUUUGACGGAACUGCUUAUGCUUUGUAGUUUUUUUUGUGAAACAAUAUUCUUCCAAUUUUAGUGCUGCGGAAUGUCUCUUAACCGGUGAAAAAGUGGCCAUAAAGAAGUUCACCAGGCCCUUCCAAAGCCCCAUUCAUGCAAAAAGAGCGCAUCGAGAGCUAAGAUUACUUCGAUUAAUGAACCAUGAGAACAUAAUCGACAUGUACGAUGUAUUUACACCCGAUCCAGAGCCCAGCCAACUCAACGACGUGUACUUUGUAUCGGUUUUAAUGGCCGCUGAUCUCUCAAAUAUCCUCAAAAUCCAGCGAUUAAGUGAUGAUCACAUUCAAUUCUUAGUUUAUCAGAUCCUCAGAGGUCUUAAAGUAAGUUUUCAGACGAGAAGCUAGUUUAGUUUUCGUUUUUUCCACUUAAAAAAUUAGUUAUCUGUUCUUGAUGACUAGCGCAAUAUAAGGUUUUAUGUUUAGUACAUUCACUCUGCUGGUGUUAUCCAUCGUGAUCUGAAGCCCUCAAACAUUGCUGUAAACGAAGAUUGCGAGCUAAAGAUCCUCGACUUUGGUCUUGCUCGGCAUACCGAACAAGAAAUGACAGGUUAUGUGGCCACGAGAUGGUACCGUGCUCCAGAAAUCAUGCUGAAUUGGAUGCAUUACACUCAAACUGUAGACAUUUGGUCGGUCGGCUGCAUUAUGGCUGAACUCAUAACUGGCAAAACUUUAUUCCCUGGGGCUGAUCGUAAGUUCUUCGUUGGUUGACAAGCUCAAGUCUUUAGACAUCGACCAGUUGACUCGUAUUAUGAGUGUUUGUGGAACUCCCAGUGAGUAUUUCCUCUCCAGAAUCUCAUCAGAAGAAGCUCGGAACUACAUUCGAAAUGUGCCUCAGAUGCAGCGCAAGGAUUUCAAAGUUUUCUUUGCCAACGCGACCCCCCAAGCCAUCGAUUUCCUCGAGAAAACUCUCAAUCUGGACCCCGACUUACGGUGAGUCAGCGUAGUGUCGAGGUUUUUGCGCUCGUUUUGUGUUCAAAAAGACGCGGUUUCGAUUCUUUGUGCGGUCCGAUUUCUGUCAAUCAGCGGUUUUUAUGUGCUGAAUGGUUCGUACUCGGACUAGAGCGUAACCUACAGUAAGAACAGUUCUGGAUUGACGGUAAUCCUGGAUUGUAAACUGAUGGGACAUUUUUGUUUCGGAUUUUUUAAAAAUUUUCGCUCUGAAUUUUGGAAAAAUUUUUGGAGUUUUCUUCUUCAUUAUCAUCCUAUGUCUCUUCCAUAUUCUUUUAUCUUUCUUUACAAUUAAUUUUUGCACUCCAAACAAAACUUUAAAUGUAAACCAUUUCCUUUUCCUCCCCUUUCUCUCGCAUUCGUGCCGCAUUCACAACAUUUUCAUUGCCAUUGCUUUCAUACUCCAAACCAAAUUCAUCAUCCAUUCUUUUUGAGAGCCAAGAAUAAUAUCAGCUAUGAAUAACGCCAAUAUAAGCUUGAGAAAAAAUUACGAGAUUAUAAUAUGGAUAUUCAAUUAUUCCACGAGUUUGUUUUUGUCCAAAAAUGUGUGGCGGUUUGUACAAGAUCAAUAGUAAAUAUAAUAAUAUUAUAAUUCGAUGACAUUUUUGAACAAUUUUGGUAAAAUACUGGAGAUUGCGAGUGGAAAUGUUGAAGAAAACAGAGAUCAGGAGACACGGUUGUCUAGAAUAUAGGUUCAUGCUUAGACAUGUACAGGAUAGUAAAACUUUGUGUAAAGUAAUAAAUAAUUGUGAGUUACAACAUAAUACUUUCAGUCCGAAUGCCGAGCAAGCCAUGGAGCAUCCAUACUUCCGCCAGUUUCACGAUCCCAACGAUGAGCCUGUAGCUGAACAGAUCUACUUUGAGAACGAUGGGGAUUAUAAUAUAGAUCAGUGGAGAGAUAUGGUCUGGAAAGAGAUUUUCGAAUUCCAAUCAACCAGAGGGGCAGAGCGACAGCGAAUGGCCAAGGCCUGGUACGAACGACGAGGCACCAUGGCUGAUCAAAUGCCUCCUCAGUUGCCUACGGCACUUACGAGAUAG